CAGAAUUUGCAUACCACUGCCAGACAUUUACAGGUAACAUGUGAAGAGACAGGGCCGCACAUCUGACGAUAUCCUUACCGACGUACAACGACUUGGAUAAACAGGUCGUGAGUAUGAUGCAUCUUUCACUGUCCCCAAGUACUCAUUCUGGAAAGGGCAGUCUGAAAAAGUCCGCCCACAAGGCGCUUACGAUAAUCAGGAAAUUAAUGGCAUCUCGGGUUAGUGGUAACAGGCAACGAUUUCAGAAUUCAAAAUUCAGAAAGCCCCAAGCGCAGUGUAUCAAACGCUCGACGAUUCUUGCCUGCAAGGGUAGAGUGAUAAAACACAGAAUGCCGAGGAUGCAUAACCUAUCCAUGCAUCAAUGAACCUGGGAUAGGAUUAUUUGGAAGGCCAGUAAAUUGCUUUGCAGGCAAGCUUUGAUCAUGAAUGGCAGGUUGAACACUGGGCGUGGAGUCCAGCAGCUCGGAUUACGGCGAUAAGUGCUAUCAUGAAAAUCGACUCCUCUGCUGACCCUGCUUAAUGCAGGAAGCUUUCCUUGCGAUAAUUCUCGUACCGUAUUCCAAAAAGGCUCCAGUCAUUUGAGUUACUUGCAUAACCCUAUUGGUUUUCCAGCUGGAGAGAAGCUAGAUAUACGCUGAACGGGCUUCCAUUUGGCCAAUGAAAGCCAGUGGAACGGGAAUGUUCCAUAGUUGCCCACGGGAGACAUUGGAUCAAACCAAGUCAAACCACUCAUUUGAGUUGUGGCUUGUAUACGUUAUCAGGUCCGAUAGUAUCCCAGGGGAGACGAUAAGAGUGGGGUAUUUAAACACAUAUGGGACCCUCAUCACACUUCCUGGGAUCCCCAUCUUUUCCUUUGUUGACACCCGCCAUGCUUUCUCGGAUGAAUUGGAAAUUGUUCCUUGGGACAUUGCUUGUCAUCGGGCACCUCAUUCCCGCUUACUGCGAACCGGUCCCUAUUGCGGCCGUCAUUUUGUCUCGACACGGUGCCCGUACCCCACUUUUUAAGGACACCAAAACGUUUGCUGAAGGAAACUCGGAACUGACUAUUGAAGGAAAAAACCAACUCUAUGAACGCGGACAAUUUUUGCAUGACCGCUGGACCCUCGACGCCGGAAAUGCCAUGGUUGGUUUUGCCGACACGUACUAUCAGAAUCAAACCUACGUUAGAUCUAGCGACACAGAUCGCACGAUUAACAGUGCACAAAGCUUGUUAAUGUCGUUGUAUCCUCCUAAACCCGCGCAGACCUUGCGACUUGCCAACGGGACAACUUUGGCCGCUCCAGGAUCCUCCGACCAGCAAGUUCCAAUCCACGUUGUUGGACAAAAUGAAGAUAUUGUGCUGCGGGGCUGGUUCAACUGCACGAAGCUUGACAAACAUGUGAGCGAUCUGUUUGCCAGUGACGCCUUCAAGUCCACGCAAGCCCAACAUCAAACCCUGUUGGACGCAUUGUCACCACGGUUCGGACGUCCGUUGGGCUUGGUGGAUAUGUGGAAUGUAUUUGAUUAUCUGAACACGCAACGCUCGUACAACGCCUCAUUUCAAGACCUUACAGCGGACCAAUGGACCGAACUCACCGCGCUCGUCAACUACCUGGAGUAUGAGAAAUUCAAGCCAGGUUACGGGGCAGCAAACUUUCUUGCUGAAGUUAUUAAGGAAUUGAAGGCAUCAGCCUCUCCAGGUGCUACGAGGAAGGUGACAUACUUUUCUGGUCAUUACACUACCUUCGUCAACUUCUUCGGGCUCACGGGUCUAAGUACCGCCGUCGAAAACCUCCGUGCCAUUCCCGACUAUGGCUCACUCCUCAUUUUUGAACUAUUGGCCGAUGCCGGUAAACCGGAGCGCUAUGUACGAGUCAGUUUUCGCAAUGGACAGGGCGCUGUACAAGUCCUCAGCCUUCCGGGUCUUUCGGCCAUGGCUCUCCUCCCAGACUUUGUCACCCGAAUGCAACCACUCUCCGCCGAGGGAUUGGACGGUUGGUGUAAUGUUUGUGGGAAUAAUGAGAACAGAGGCUGUGAUCUUCGCACUGCAGCCUUUUCAGCAACCGGAAGUGGAGAGAGUAGUUCUGUAAAGCCCAUCGUCGCUGGAUUUGGUGGUGCUGCUGUUGGAGUCACCGCUGCCAUCAUUGGCGCUAUGAUCGUUCACAAGUAUAAGAGACGGAAGUGGCUUGCUACUGAGGUUUUAGACGUCGACAGGGCAUCACAGGUCUCUAGUACCAAGCAACUCUUAGUCUAGGACCGUGUAGUACAUAGGUUCAUUGAUAGCUGAAGCGACACCGUAGUCGAAAUGUUUACAAAGCCUAGAGAUACAUGCAAUGGAGCAAAUACGGGUGCUCUAUGACUCGUAUACUGAAAUUGAGCUCGGAAAUAGCCAAUCCACGGGAAAAAAAAGGCAUCUCUGGC